UAAAACCAAAUGAAUCACGUGAUGUAGGGGAGGUUUCGUAUAACAACACGCGUAGCAUCGUUCUUUCGCUUCAUAAGCAUCGCAACAUUCAGUGACGACGUUUCGUUUAUCGUUCUUAUUUUAUAUUUUCAAGUGAUUCUUUGUGCAUUGUGUUCAGUUUAUACAGCCAUGAAGAUAUUACUGGUCUUCCUACUUUCAGCGGUAUUUGCUGUUCAAGCCAUUUCAUUUUUUGAUCUUGUUUUAGAAGAAUGGACAACAUAUAAGCUUGAACAUAGUAAGAAUUACAUAUCUAAUGCUGAAGAAAAAUUCAGAAUGAAAAUAUAUAUGGACAACAAACAUAAAAUUGCAUUACAUAAUCGUAAAUAUAAGUUAGGACAAGUUGGUUACAAAUUAAAAAUGAAUAAAUUUGGUGAUAUGCUUCAUUAUGAGUUUGCACAAACAAUGAAUGGUUUUAAUAAAUCAACAAAUCUACAAUUAAGAGCAGAAAGAAAACCUGUUGGUGCUACAUUUAUUGAACCAGCAAAUGUAGUAUUACCAGAAUUUGUAGAUUGGAGAGAAAAAGGUGCAGUUACUCCUGUUAAAGAUCAAAAAGCUUGUGGUUCAUGCUGGGCAUUUUCAACGACAGGUGCGUUGGAAGGACAACACUUCAGACAAACUGGUGUUUUAGUGUCUUUAAGUGAACAAAACUUAAUAGAUUGUUCUGCAAAGUAUGGUAAUAAUGGAUGUAAUGGUGGUCUUAUGGAUCAAGCAUUUCAAUAUAUUAAAGAUAAUAAAGGUCUUGAUACAGAAAAAAGUUAUCCAUAUGAAGCAGAAAAAGAAAAUUGCAGGUAUACUCCAUCUAAUAGUGGUGCCUAUGAUAUUGGAUACGUAGAUAUUCCAGAAGGAGAUGAGGAUAAAUUAAAAGCUGCUGUUGCUACUAUAGGACCAGUGUCUAUAGCCAUUGAUGCCUCUCAUCAAUCCUUCCAAUUUUAUUCUGAAGGUGUUUAUUAUGAACCUGACUGCUCUUCUACAAGUUUGGAUCACGGAGUAUUAAUAGUAGGAUAUGGAACUGAUGACAAUGGAGAUGAUUAUUGGUUAGUAAAAAAUAGUUGGGAUACAACUUGGGGUGAUAAAGGAUACAUAAAAAUGGCCAGAAAUAAACAAAAUCAUUGCGGUGUAGCUACAACUGCCAGCUAUCCACUUGUUUAAACAGCCAUUCAUUCAAUUAAUGUUGCUGGGAAUCAAGUCUUCAUAACAACUGUAAAUAAUUAAAAAAUUUUAUUAAAACUGAAGCAUAUAAUUUUAGUGAACAACAUACCUUUAAAUUUAGAAUUUAGCAGUUAUUAUCAAUAUUUGUUUUUCUUUUCUAUUAUAAUUUUUGUUUAUAAGCAAAAAAAGUUUAUAUUUUCAGUUUGGAAUAUAAAUACGUUAUGCAUA